CUUGGAUAAAGCCGUAAUGUAGGGCAGGAUGACGAUUCCACAUUUCCACUUGCAUGCACAUGGCAAGCCCCAGUGGAAUUCUUCGGACUUCAACCCGCCUUGAUAAGUACCUCUGUGCCAGACCCGGUUUUAUAGCAGUUCGACUCUCAACUAUUUCUUUCUGCUUUACCCUAUCAAACAACCACUCAUCUUGUAGUUUGCUUUCUUCACUUCUCCAUCUAUCGGUUUUUGAACACCAACCCCGCCCCCGCGUUUUAUCACCAUCACCUCUAGCCGAGCCAAGCAGCGCGUAACCAACAGCAACAUCGACCAUCAUUGUGUUGGGAGCCGCGCCCACAAUGUCUUACCCAGGCUACCCGCCUUAUGGCCAGCCACCUCCACCACAGGGAGGCGGAUAUUACCAACAGCCUCCUCCUCAGCAGCAUCAUCAACAACCCCCAUAUGGUGCACCUCCGCCUCAUGCUCAAUACAACGCCUACCAGCAACCACCACAAGGAUAUGGACAACCACCGCCCGGGCCGCCGCCGGGGCAGUACGGCGCACCCCCUCCACAGCCCUAUGGUGCUCCGGCUCAUUCCCCACCACCCGGGCCGUAUGGUGCUCCUCCCCCGAACGCCUCGUAUUACCCGCCCGGGCCUCCGCAGGCUGGUUACGGCGCACCACCGCCUCACGGUUACGGACAGCAACCCUAUGGAGCCGCACCGGCCACACCCACAGCGUACCCGCCCCAACCCUACGCCGUGCAGUACCCGCCGACACCACCUUCUCCCGGAUAUGGCCCUGCGAUGACCAUCCCAUGGAACCCCGACCCGGACGCGGAUAGGCUAAGGAAAGCCAUGAAGGGGUGGGGCACGGAUGAAAAGGAGCUAAUCCGGGUUCUGGCCGACAAGGACCCUCUCCAGAUCAAUCUGCUCCGCGAUGCGUUUCAACGCCGCCAUCGCCGGGAGCUUGUCGCCGAUAUCAAGAACGAGACGAGUAGCUGGUUUGAGGAAGGGCUCGUCAUGCUUGCCCGAGGUCCUCUUCUCAAUGACGUGCACAUGCUGUUCAAUGCCAUGGACGGGGCAGGCACCAACGAAGACAUUCUCAACGAUAUCCUACUCCGCCGUUCCAACGCCGACUUGAAGGCCAUCAAAGCCGAAUUUAGUCGGAUUUUCCGCCGGUCCCUGGAGGACAUGGUGCGCGGUGAACUGAGCAUGAAGACAGAACGGCACUUUAUGAUUGUGCUCGGUGCCACACGCGCAGAAGAUUCGGCUCCAGUGAUGAAGGCAGACAUUGACCGCGAUGUCGAUGAUAUCUACAACGCAACUGAGGGCAAGAUUGGCACAGAUGAGAUGCGCGUAUGCAGCAUUUUAAGCUUGAGGAAUGACAACCAGAUCCGUGCCAUUUCCUACGAAUACAAGCAAAAGUACGCCAGGGACCUCGAUACCGUGAUCCAAAAGCAGGAGUUUUCGGGACACAUGAAGAACGCCCUUCUUAUCCAGCUCCGCCACGGCACAGACAAGUACAUGCUGCAGGCCCGGCUGCUCGAGGAUGCCAUGGCAGGAAUGGGCACCAAAGACCGUCUUCUCACCAGCCGUCUGGUCCGGGCCCACUGGGAUCGCGACAACAUGCGAAACGUCAGGAACGCGUACGAGCAACGUUACAAGAAGAAGCUCGCUAAGAGAGUGAUGGGGGAGACCAGCGGCGAUUACCAGAGGCUUUUGAUGGCCCUUUGUGGAGAACCUAUUUGAGAGGGCACGCACAAAAGGUGUAUUGCCUUCAAGAGUUACUUGCUUCAAAUUUUGCAGCGACGUUUACAUACAUCGUGCUUCGGCCGUGUGUUGUUGUUUAAUACUUACCCUAAUGAACACCGAGUCAUAGUCAUGAUCGAUGAUUAUUUGUCU